AAGUACUUUCUCCUCAAUCCGUCCGCAGCAUACUUUCCAUGAUGCAAGUUGCUGGCAUGAAUGAUUAUUCCAGAACUUUCCAUUUCAGGGUACCUUCUGUCAGGAGCAGAUGUGAAUGCUGUAGAUUAUGAUGGACGAUCAGCAUUGCACGUUGCAGAGGGACGUCAGGUUCCUGGUAUAAUGCAAACGCGAACUGCACACUCAAGGACAGCUGUUGCUAUGGAAGACGUCAUGCGACUGGUGUCCUCAGGUGACUGCCUGAAGAUCUGGAACUCGACCUCCAUGACUGUGGUGGAGCAGUUCAACCCUCACAGUGCUACACAUCCAGUGGCUCAAGUGUGCUUUAGCAGCAGCAAUCAGUACCUGGUCAGUGCCAGCAGUAUAGGGGACAAACUGGUGGUAUCCAGUCUCAAGUCUUCACCAGUUCCAGUGAUUUAGCUGGGUGAAGGUAAAAAGCAAACCCGCGUCUGUCUGAACUCCACUUCACAGUUCCUGGUCAGUGGAGGCCUGGACAACACAGUUAAUAUAUGGGACCUAAAGACGAAGAGGUUGCACCGAAGCCUCAAGGACCACAAGGAAGAAGUCACAUGUGUGUCUUUUAAUGGAGGAGAUAGCUACAUAGCAUCAGGCUCUACCAGUGGAGAUAUCAUCCUUCACAGUAUCACGACCAACCUGUCUAGCAGACCCUUUGGUCAUGGGCCAAAUGUCCCUAUACAUGAUCUCAGAUACUCACUGGUGAAGAGGUCUCUGCUAGCCACUGUGUCUGACAGUGGCUCGGUGGCACUGUGGGAUGUGAACACUCAAAAGGAGCUGCACUUAUUUGAGGUGGCACACAAAGCCCCAUGUUCAGGGUUGGCCUUCUCUCCAGCCAAUGAUUUGCUCUUUGUUACUGUAGGGCUGGACAAGAAGAUUGUCUGCUAUGACACCUCCAGCAAAAUGGUCUUUCGCAAUAAGCUGGUGGAGUCUCCGCUCACAGCCAUCGACUUCACUCCAGACGGGGCUGGACUGGUUGUGGGCUCCACACAGGGCAGAAUCUACCUGUACGACUUGCGCAACCUCAGUGCACCGGUCAAAAUCACCACAGCUCACAACACUUCGGUUACCUGCAUUCGCUUUCAGAACUCCACCUCCAAAUUAAAGUACACUAAAACAGCAUCCAGCAAGACUUCCCAGACAAAUAAGAGGGUCUCUGUAAAGCUGAGCAGUCAGCAGAUGGGAUCUUCCAUUCCAACAUCUACAGUCCCACCUAGUGUGCCUGAAUUUCCUGAAGAAAGAAGAGAUGGCCAAUCCCAAAUCGCAGGUACUGCUGUGGAGGUGUUUUCCCGAGAAGGAGAGGGCCAACACAGACAAGAUCAGCUGCCGUGUGGGGAGAAGUUCAGAAGCAUUGGCCAAAACAGCCUCAACCUGGAUAUUUUCUCCCCUCUUAAUGAUGGCUUCAAGACACAUGGGUUGGGUGAUACUCCAACUUCUAGAAAUGGGGGUAGUAUAGAUGUGUUCUCAAGGGAGGCAGGAGAACAACAUGGCACAGACAGGUUCCGGGUCGGCCGAAACAGCCUGGACAUCUUCUCACCUGUACGAGAUGAUUACAAAGCCUACAGACAGAGUGAUGCAUCGUGUGGAAAGAAAGGUGGCUCGUCACAGCGAAAGACCCCAUUGGGCACUCCGGGCAGUUGCUUCUACAGUCCGUCUGUGGUUCAGACUCCCCCACCCAUCAAAGAGGAGGAGCCCAUCACUGCCGCACCGCAACGGACAGAUAUACAGAAUGGCACAAAGGUGGAAAACAAUUAUGGCAAUGGCCAAGAGUAUGAAAUCAUAACAACACCCCCUACCUCUCAGAGCACACGUGUUCAGUCAGUGCAUCCGUUCAACACACCUGAGCCCACUCAAAGCAGAGAUCUGCCCACCCAGCUCACCUAUGAUUCACCGGUCUGCAGAGCCCCUCCUGCAACUGCACCAGCUCCAGCAGCAACAGUUGAUUCUAGAGCUGAGAGUCGUGGACCUCCGCUCACCUCUGUUCAGAUGAGCUUUGUUCACAAUAUGAUCCAUGAGGCACUGGAGGACUUUAGGGACACCUGUCAUAGAGACAUUAUCAAUCUACAGGUGGAAAUGGUUCAACAGUUCUAUAUUCAGAUGAAUGAAAUUCACGGUCUAAUUGAGAAGCACUCAGUGAAUGACUCGCUUGUCGAGGAGAUAGAAAAACUGAAAAAGAAAAACAAGCGACUCCGAGCCAAUUAUUAAUGACAUUCAUGCACAUGCAUCUACUUCUGCAUUAUGAAGCCUGUGACAGUCUAUGAAUACUGACCGAAGUGAUAGAGGGCAGAGACAAGCUCAUAUGUUUCUACUAGUGCCGUAACUCUGCACACCUCAUCUCAAGACCACAGCCCACCGACUGCCUUUGCAUUUGUUAUAGUGGCACACACUUUUGUAUUUGUUUUCAGUUUAUAAAGAUUGUUUUUUAAGAUUUCCAUGCCUUAAAAAUCAAAUAGCACGGAAGAGAACACAAUUUAGAAAAAAGCAAACACAUAAAUGUUGCCAUUUAUGUGUUUGCUUUUUUCACAAAUUCUGUCCGAAUUAUUUUUGCAAACCACAUGCCAAAAAUGAUAAGGAUGUGUAAGAGUAGGUGUGGUAUUAGAUAUUUUUGAGCAUCUUAUGUCUGUAUGGGGAUUAUUUGUAUGCCAUUGCUUCUGCUUACAGAUUAGUAACAAUACAUGACGACAUCUUUAAUAAAUUUCAAAUGAUCUUGGCAAUACUUUUAGCAUCAAAAAGAAAAUGACUAACACAUAUAUUAUUCUGUAUACGGUGCUCCUAAUCUGUUUUAGUAAGAUGUUUCCGAAUG